CUCAUUCGCUUGCGUUGGCCCGUCGCGUUCACAACGUUGCGUAUACGCCCCGUACUGCCGGCCGUUUGCAUGCUAGUGUUAGUGCCUGAGAGCCGCCGCAGUGUGUCCGUGUGCGCGAGUGUCUCUUCAAGAGUUCUCUUGAUACUUGACUUCCGUUCCGAUCCCGUAUAGCAGUAGUGGCAGCAGUAGCAGCGCCUUUAGGUGUGUGUGUGUUUGUGGCAUAAAAUCAUUUCUAAAUUUAUAAAAUAAACGCGUACACAGUCUCCCUCUCUGCUGAAAAGAAACAAGAAAAUAAAACAUCCCAAAUCAAUUUAAUCUGUGUGCAAAAUGAAAAGCACAAAUAUAGAUAUUUGUGCAUAAAUAUUCACCAAAAAAACACACACCCAUACUCCCAAACAGACGCCCACCCAUACACCCAUUGCAAGUGCUAAACAACAUAAAAGUGGGCAAAUAAAAUAUUAAGAUUUAUUUAGCCAGACAUACGAAUAUCAAAUUAAAAUUCGACACUCUUGACACUCUUGAGUUUCCGCUGCAUUUGAAUUUUAUUUAUUUUUGUUGCCUUUUGUUUGCUUUCUAUAUCAGUUUUGAACAUUGUUUAUUUUCGCAUAAAUUCUUCAGUUGAAAGUGAAAGCGGCGUCGUCCACCUCAGACCUCAAGCAAUGUCGUUGCCGGCCAGCUAAGAUCGCGGAAUGGACAAGUUAUGCAAAUGAAUGCCGAAUAGCGAUGCCAACAAUCGAAUCUAGAAAAAAAAAAACGCUAAAAUAGAAAGCCAGAACUGAACCAAAAUGCGCCUGCAACACCGUUACGUUACAAAUCAAGCAAACAAUAACAACAACAACAACAAUAACACUAACAACAGUACCAACUCUAACAACAACAUUAGCAUCAAACGGGCCAAGAAGCUGACCACCAACAACAACAGCAACGGCAUCAUCAAGUCGCGCUCUGUUAACGGAAAGCCAGCGACCCCAAAAUCGAAUAUCACCAUGCCACCCGCCACCCCACAGCCCCUCAGCCACCACCAGCUGCUAAUGGACAGGGACCUGGAGGCCGAGUCGGUGCUCCAAGCCAAGAUUCCGGCAUCGAAUAGUUCCCUCGAGGACGAAGUCGAGGAGACCACCACCACCACUACCACCUCCGUGGAGCUGCGAUCCUCGGCCAGCUCCCAUUUCCGGGCCUACAGCACCAUUCGGAGCAAUUCGACGUCGGCGAUUUUGGCCGGGGCAGGUCUGCCGCCCCUCACGCCCACCGGCACCCUGCUCUAUGCCCGCCCCCGCACCCUAAAUGUCCACAAUGUCUGCCAGACGCCCGCGCAGAUCACACAACUUUUCUUUGGAGAAGUUCUGAAUGCAUGGCGGGCCAAGGCCAGAUGCAAUGUGGUGCCCGAAGAGCGAACCCAGGAGCUCUUCCACGAGCUAAGCUUCCAUCCCAGCCAAAAGCAGAUUAGCGAGAUGCUUCAAACUGCUAAGAAGGUGGCCCGCAAGGGGGGCAGCAGUCAGCCAAAUGGUCUAACCUUUGGACAAUUUUGUGUUCUGGCCGCGGAUCUAAAGCGCUUCAGAGCUUCAACGAUUUCGAGUCAGCCUUCAUACUGCGACUACCAGUCACUGUCAGCUCAGUUGCUCCCCGAACAGAAUGAUCCCUCCAGCUCCUCCAAGCAGCACCUGCAAUCGCCAGCCGCUCCCUCUACAUCGUCACCUGCCUACAACAACAAGAAGCCGGAGAACCAUGGCACCGAGCUACGGAGCACCAAGUCCUUCAGUAGUGUAGACGAUACCAAAAAGAAGAAGAACGCCACCAACGAGCCCGUUGAGGUCUUUCUCGGGGGCUCCUGCAAUCCGACCACCUGGCGGGCCGACGUUGCCAUACCAGCCCUCAAGGAGCUAGGCAUUUCAUUCUACAAUCCGCAAGUAUCCGAUUGGACGCCCGAUCUCAUCGAGUUGGAGCAUCGAGCUAAGGAAAAGGCCCGUGUAUUAUUCUUCGUUAUGGAUUCGGAAACACGCGCAUCUGCUGGUGCCAUCGAGGCGGCACACAUAGCGGGUCAAAACUGCAAGCAGCUGGUGUUGGUUUUGCAUCCUUACAAACCAAAUCAGAAGAUCCUGAAUGAGCCUAUUUCGCAGCAAGAAUACCUCGAUCUGAAUCGCAAUCAAUUGAUACUUAAGGAGCUGGUCUCCCGUCGUGGUCUGCCCGUCUUGGACAACAUACCCUUAGGAUUGCAGCGCACCAAGGAAAUCCUGUCUGGGAUCAGGGACCCACCGUCCAAGAUAUCUUCUAUUCUAGAUACUGUUCGCGGCGCCUUCGAUCGUGUUAGCCCCCAAAGCGAUCUGCUCACCGUUGAACAAUGCAAACGUGCUCUCUUAUUCCUAGGCUAUGCUCAGAGUUUAGUUAAUUUAGACAAUCUUAAUAAGAUCAUAAUCAAUCAGCGCGAGUCGCUGAAAUUGCUCCAAACGCACAGUACAAAAACUGGCGUCGAUAGUUCGGAUGCGGAGGCGGAGGCGGAGGCCGAUGAUAGCAACUGCGACCUGCCCACCACAUCCAGCCCGGAACUUAUCGACUUUGAUCUGUUCUGUGUGAUCUCGGCGUAUCUGUCCGUCCUUCAGCAGGAGAUCCAGGAAAGCGGCUGCAUUUCGCCCAUCAAGGGCACCAAUGUGCCGCCACCGCAAGUCUACUUUACCAAUGCACCCGAUGUGGACAUUUAUUACUCGGCCAGCAAGAACAUUUCGCGGACCUCGAGCAACGCCAGUGUUCCGUCCAACAGCAGCAGCGGCAUUGGCCACGACCUGGAGCGGCAGGGCUUGUUUGAGCAGCUCAGUCGCAGUCGGGAUAGCGGCACCUCGUCGCCCCAGCCAACGGCAUCCAGCAGCUUGGGCAAGAGCCCUCGGCCUCAGAUUCUCCUCAACGUGGAGUCGAUUGAGACGACCGAAAUAAUCACCACCAAAACAAUAGAAACGAAAGCCAAUCCUGUGGCUGCCGUGACGGCUGUGCUCACUGAAGAGGAGGAGAGCGACUCCAACGACUCGGUCUUUUCCAGCAGCAGCUCCAUAGCCAGUGCUGGCGAUGCCUUAUGCUGCGGUGGUGGCUUGGAUCUUCGCGAUGUUUACCUCGGAGGCAGCUGCGUCUUGCGCUCCAAAUGGCGUCAAGAACUGGCCGUGCCGUACCUGCAGUCCAAGCGUGUGACCUUCCAUACGCCAGCGCUGCACGAAAGCAUCCAGCAGCUGCACCAGAACCAAGAUGUGGCCGCUGCUCCCCAGCAACCGGCUUCGCAGGAGCAGCAGCAACGAUCCUUUGUUCGGACGCGCCGGAAGUGCCGCGGCAACCAGCUGCAGUUGGAGGAGCAAGAGGAGCUGACCGUGGCGGAGGAGUCGCUGAGCUGGUCGCUGCCACCGGUGGCUGUGCGCCAGAGCUUGUACAAUCCAUCGCUGCUAGACUCCAGCCGAGUUCUACUGUUUGUCAUCACCAACGAGACUCGAUCACUGGCCCCUAUGACCCUGGCCGCCCACUGCAUCGGCCUCAUGUACAACGUGGUGCUGGCGGUGCAGAUGCUGCCCGACGACUGUGUCCUCAAUGGCGAAAAGCUGACUGUGGCGGCCAUCAAGGACUAUAAUCGCGGACGGUCCUACCUUAUCGACCUGGCCAAGCGCCAGGGCGUGCCCGUGUUCACCGACAUACAGGCGGCCCUCCAAUGCACCGUCGCCAAGGUGCAGGCCUACAACAACCGUGACCGCUGCUAAUUCGUACCUGUAUUCAAGUUCCAGCACGACGUGACAAUUAAGCUUAUUCUUAAACUAAGGCCUAGUGCAAUUUACUCUUAACUUUCCCCACUAACUUGUAGGGUAUUAAUCGUAUUCGGAGAGCCCUCUUCUAGUUAAACUUAUACGUAAUAUGAUAUACAAGGAUAACUGAGUGUAAACCACUAAAAUGUCGUCGCCCAGAGAGCGCAUUUCGUAAUCUUUAUGGAGAAAGUCAUGCAUUCAGCUCCCCUCUCUCUCUCACUAUCUCUCUAUAAUCGCUAUAUACGCUACAUACUACAUACAUACAUAUAUGCUUUAUGCUAAUUUAUUAUUUAUUAACUAGAUACACGUUGUCCAUGUACUAAAGUGACUGUAAAUAUUUCAACAUGUACAAGUCUAGUGCAUCCGCAAUGCAAAACAAACUAAAAUAUAUACAUAUAUUUUUUAUUCGUAUUAAGCCUUCAGAUAUAAAGUAAUUACAGAACCAUAUAAACGACCCAAUUAUGUAAAUGUAAAUCCUUAGUGACCCACUGUACCAGUUAGCUGGCAAAAAAUAUCUCAAUAAACAAAUUUUUCUAACAUAUGUA